AUGGCAGUUUAUAUAAUUCGAAGAAUGCGCUGGGAUUUUGUUGUUGGAAGUUUGUACAGGAGGGAUGUUAAAUUGCCCUUCACUUGUUUUGCUGAUGCAUCAAACAAAACAUUUGCAAACAUAUCCCUGCCACAGUGCAGUCUUGCUUGUGACCGCUACAAUGGUUGCCUGGCUUUCCAGUACUACGAGUCAAGUAGGUGUGAUCUGUUUGAAACGUGGAGUACCUGGAUCAAGCAAUCUCUUGGAUGCUCAUUGUACAUCAGAGCAGAAUUAUGUCCUCCUUCGUUUGUUUACUUUUUUUCAUCAAAAUCCUGCUACAAAUUGGAGGUUGGAUCAUGGAAUUGGGAGCAGGCAAGGAGCUGGUUGUUAAAAUUGUCAAGUAUUGAUAUUUUUAAGAUAAUUAAUUUUGUCAUUUUUGAUUCCAACAACAAUGGUUGUUACGACACUGAUUUUUACUCUAGAAAAAUAUGGCUAAGUGGACAGAAAGUUGAUCCUCUAAAUAUAUCGACACCAUUUGUAUGGAAACCAUUUCCAAAUGUUUCACUGAGUUUGGGCAAUAAAACAUUUUGGUAUCCAGACCAACCCAAUGCUUUUGGGUAUCCUGGAAUCUAG